CACACGGAGACCAGAGACAAAGAAAGAAGAAGAAGAAGCAGAGUGACAGAAGCGCGCUUGGGUCUGGAACAGGACUACAGCGCAUCAGAGAGGCAUGCUCUAAUGUCAACCACGGUCACUUACCCCGUCAUGGCAGAGCUGAAAGAGCCGGCACAUUCCAAUCUUUGGUCGAACUAUGGGAGUCCCGUCCAAAUGUCGUCUCGAUUCAACAACAGCCUGGAUUCUGGCCUCGGAGGCCACGCCGCCAACUCACCACACGCGGGACGCCCUAGAAGCACCCACCCGAGUGUAGACCACGGAUCUUAUCCCUAUGGUCGCUACCCUCAAGACGAGCCCGAUGCGUACGAUAGACAUUCGCAUCCCAGCUUGACAUCCCACCACAGCUUCCCCAAUCUCAAGAGACCCUACUCGCAAACCGAACAGCCCCCUUACCAGGAGAUUGUCCAGGACCUGAGAGACGAUGGCUCCAAACUUACCGUCAACCACGACCACAAGCUGUUGUCGUUCAAGAGGGUACAAGACAAGCACACUAUUGUCGACCAGCAUGGACGCAUGCAGCAGCUGGAGCUUUCUGCUCAGCUGCACGGAAUGUUCUUCCUUUCCGAAAUGCCAGCCAACAGCACCGAUGGUUCCAUCCUCCAGCCCGAACUGACCUGUUACCGACGAAACCUCUUCCAGAUUAGCGGCUCUCUCAUCACCCCACGAGGCCAGCUCUCUGUUAUAUCCGAGACUGGCGAGACGGUCCCCGUCAGCAACACUGAAGUGACCAUCUCUGCCAUCGAGUCUGUCGACGGCCACCCCGUCCGACUUAUCGUCAUCCCCUGGAAGACGCCCCCACCCAACUCUCCCGAGAUCACCCAAACCCCGGACCAGGAGCCAGCGUCGCUUCCCCUUAUCCCCUUCCAAGAAGACGGUUCGGAAUCCGAUGGCGAGUAUGCCGUUUAUCCCAUUGGCUGGCGCCGACUGCAGUUCAGAAUUGCCACCGCAAACAACGGGCGGCGAAAGGAACUCCAGCAACACUUUGUGCUCCACCUCAAGGUUGUCGGGACGUUGGCCAACGGAAGCAAGAUUGUGCUUACUGAAGCGACUACCGCGCCUAUUGUUGUCCGGGGCCGUAGCCCUCGCAACUUCCAGGCAAGAAAGGAGAUUCCCUUGCUAGGAUCGAGCGCUGGCUCCAGGGGCCAGGCCUUAGUUGAGACUGGACUGGGUAUUGUGGCGGGACCGUUGGCUAUCAAGCCGCAGGAUGCCAAGGCAAGAGGGUUGGACAUGCAGAUGCCUCGUUCCGCCUUCACCUUUAACGCAGGAGGGCCCAAGAUGCCUGGAGCACCCAUGGGAGCCAUGAGAUCCAACUCAUACCCCAACUGGUCCUCCUCGAACUCUGUGCCCGGGAUGCCACAACUACCACCAGCUGGCUCAGCAAGCUACCCCGCUACGACAAUGGGAGAAUCUUACCAUAAGGUUGCUCUGCCGGGAAGUGCAAGCUUCGGUGGAGAGGCCCAUGAUAUGCCUUUGCAAACGUCGAUGCCUUCCGUUCAGCUUUCCCUGGUUGCCAACGAACAGCAACAGCCUCCGAUCAGGACACAAUACGCUUAUGUGCAAAGCACAACUGCUCCGCCACCACUAUCAGUAUCGGCCACGGCAAUGGCAUCGAGCUCAGACAACGCGCUCAACGUGCCCAGAUACGUCGAUAACCCUCGACCUACCAAGAGCCCCAGGCAUGCAAGCCAGCCUUCCAUCGGGUCAAUGUCUCAUCACGAGGCAUCCCCGGAGUACCGGUACGGCUCGUCGUACGGAGCAGUGGGCAACAACCCCAGCGAUAUUGCACCGCCAUCCUACAAGGCUGAAGCCCCCGCGUCACACUCCAACCCAUCUCGAGACUACUAUCCGCCCUCGAGUUCAUGGACGACAACAGCUGGAGAGCCUACCUCGACUGUUGCGUACAGCAGCAGUGAGGCAAGGCCGUACGGCUUCCCUGAACAGUACUCGAGCGGAGGCUCUGCGCCAACCACCAAGCAGGAGCAUGCUCCCGCUCCUCCAGCCCCUGGGUCAUACAGCAGCGCCCACCGGGGAUCGUUUGAUGGCAUGAACCAUUAUUCCUGGAACACUAAUUAG